GUGAGGAUUUCCCCCUGUUGUGGAAGGUUUUGGCGCUUGGGUUCCUUACUUAUGGCAAAGCCAGAGAACAGGGGUGUGGCUUAAUACAUUGUCCCAAAUGGACAUCAUUAGAGAUAGUGAGAUGUCCCAAACUGAGGAACAACAGCAGGAGCUACAGGGGUCAGCUCAUGCUCCAUGUGCCAACCCAGGCAACCCGGUGUUCUCCUGCAUGAUGAGGCCCAAGGCCACCUCGUUCUCUCCCUGGGUAAAACCACAAAGCCUCAUUUACCGAACUACAGCAAGUGAGUAUGGACUGCGGGCGCCAAGCUUUGAGUCCUCGCCGUGUUCCUACCACCCUCUGUCCCAGGCCUUUUCUCAGCAUCUCGGCCAGUGUGGAAUGUCCCGGGACAGCUCCUUCAACACCAGCCUGGACCACAGCAGGGUGUAUGACUGCCCCAAUCUGCAGAACACCAUCUGAGUGAAGGACGGCAGUCGAGAGUCCUUAUCUCAGCAGCCUGUUGUCUGGAUUGAGCAAAUGCUUCUGCAGAGGACUGGUGGAUGGUUUACAGCUGCCUUUGUAAAGUUGAAUUUUUAAAUAUUGCCUGUUUUUUGAAAAUUAUCUACUCAAAUAUUCGUGUGUAGCUGUUCCACCUGGCUAUAGUAAAAUUUAUUUCAAUAAAAUGAUUUA